AUGGCUGAGCAAGCACAGACCGCCGACAAACCUAUUCAGGCAGCGGCCGUGUGGUGGAAUAUCAUAUCCGUCUAUGUCCACUGCCCCAGCUGCGAGAAAAUUCACAAGCAUGGCUUUGCUGGCUACGACGGAUCCCAGCGCCUAUCCCACUGCAGCCGCCCAGUUGGUCAUGUCGACUAUGAGAUUCUAUACCCAUUCAAUGAGCAAGAGGGUGAUGUCAGCUACGAAAUCGACAAGCAGAGAGCCCUCUUCGUAGCUGGUGGGGCAGACCCGGCCGAAUACUUCGUCGACCAAACGUGCGACCAGCAAUUAUCCCUUACGCAGGACAUGGGGAGCCGGCGCAAGUGGAUAGAGGCGACCGAGACUAUUUCCUUUGACAGUGAUCAAACUCCCGGUGGCUAUACUUGUAAAUUGAUUGAUUGUGUGGUGAGCAAUAUGAUUUUCGGACACAUUGAACCUGUAAGCCAAUACCUCGAGUCCUCUACUGAAUCCGAUAUAUUCCUCCAUGGUGUCUCGGCUUGGGACUAUCCUGGCAACAAUCAUGAUGGCGACGGCGAUGACAGCAGCAGCAAAAGACUGGUUGAAAAGGCUACUCGAACAUCUGGCAAAACUGCUUUACACCUGGCUGCCUGUGAGAUAUGCCCGAGAAUCCUCGAGCUUCUUCUCCAAAAAGGCGCCUCUCCAAAUGCCAGGGAUGUCGACGGACGAACUCCGCUUGUAGAGGCUGCUUUAUGGGGCCGGUUGGAGAAUGUGAAAACUCUCCUCAAAUUCGGCGCUGAGAAAGAGCUAGAAUGUGUGCGCAAUGGGCGGCGGCUUCAAGCCGUUGACUUCGCUAGGCCUCUGCCGGCAAAUGUCGAGGAACGCCACGAGCGCUGCGGGAUGUAUCGGGAGGACACGUACCAGAGAGAUCUGGAUCGCAAAGCAAUUGUUUGUUUGCUUAAGAACAGAGAGCUUGAGGAGAGUCUACAUCAAAAUCACCAUAAUAUCGCAGGAUUUGCAUUCACGAGGUCGCCCACCACGCUCAUUGCCCACUUUGAUAUCCCCAACGAAUGGAAGACCAUCGGGGUUCUAUAUCGUGGAAGCGCAUUCCACCCCGUGGCGGCAAUGAGCGGUUGGGGCCACCAGGAAGACCCUGAUAUCAACAUUCAGAUCGGCGGAAGAGAUUGGAUAGAUGAGAUUCGUCGCCUCUGCGAAAUUGUCGGACAUAGCCUAGAACCAAACGCUCGUGACCAAGGACAAGCAGGGCGAUAUAAUGCCUGCCACGCCGAAAAGCAAUUGGUUGCGUAUUUUGUCAACAAACACUUGUUCUUGGCUCAUGAAACGGGAGACGAUCUUGAUAUGGCAAGGUUACAUUUGGGCGAGCCAUCGGCCGAGGAAUCUAAUCAACUGAAACACAGGGAGAAACUCUCCGCCCUCAAGAGCGCAGCGCCUGCUACUUCCCUAAAGAAAGCUAAAAUCAUGGUCUGUCGCCCGAUAUGUAGCGACUGCCAUCGGUUCGUGGAGCGGACGAAUACUGCCCUUGGUCUAGAUAUUACAGUGUCCCAUCAUUAA